AUGACUUAUGCAAACGAUGUUACAGGAAGCAAUGUGUUUACAAGUUUGGAUCCGUCAAUGAAAGCGGAGCCUGAGUUACAAGAUUUCUGGAACCUUGAAACAAUUGGUAUAAGAGAUGAGAUAGAAGUUACCAAUGACGAGGUAGCAAUGAAAAAGUUCAGAGACACAUUAACAUUUCAAAAUGAUCGUUAUCAGGUUACGUGGCCCUGGCGAGAAGAAGAGUUUGACCUACCGGUCAACAGACAACUUGCUAUGGGUCGACUAAAGUCAGCUGUUUCUCGUUUGAGUGAUAAACCUAAGUUAAUGGAAAAAUACAACAAAAUACUAGCUGAUCAACUUAACCAGGGCAUCAUAGAAAAGGUUGAUUACAAGCAGCAAGAUGGUUUGUUACAUUACCUCCCGCAUCAACCAGUUAAUACUCCACAGAAAAACACCACAAAACUCAGAAUAGUGUACGAUGCCUCAGCUAAAACUAAGAAACAAAAUCUAAGUUUAAACGAGUGCAUGUAUCGCGGACCUGUGAUUUUGCAAGAUAUAUGUGGGAUGUUGAUUAGAUUCAGGAUACACAGAGUUGCCAUAGUAGCUGACAUUGAAAAGGCCUUCUUGCAAAUAGGCCUACAACACGACCAGAGGGACUUCACUCGCUUUCUGUGGUUAAAGAAUACAAGUGAACCAGUUUUCAGUUCCACAAACAUACAGGAAUAUAGAUUUUGCAGAGUACCUUUUGGUAUUAUAGCUAGUCCAUUCCUACUUGGAGCGACAAUACGGUGUCAUCUAGAGUUGUACAACAACGACAUUGCAGAGAAAGUGAAAAAUAACAUAUACGUGGAUAACUUGAUAACGGGUACCGAUACUGACUUUGAAGGCAUUGCGUUUUAA